GUAUGACUUUUAUCGUAACGUUAUCCUGUUCUGUCUUGCCCGCCCAGCCCAGCUAGAGCUAAAAAGGAGUUGUAUUGUGAUUUUUGAAGCAGAUCGUCAUGGGCACAGUUAUCGACUCCCAUUUCUUGGCCAUAACUGCCAUUGUUACAGUGGUUUAUCAAUUCAUCUUCUUCAUAGUAACGGCUCUUCUCAAAUUCGAUAAAGUCACUGACUUUGCUGGGAGCACAAAUUUUGUUAUACUUGCCAUAUUGACCUUGGCUCUGAAGGGUUCAUGGCAUUUUCGGCAGGUGAUUUUGUCUGUGCUAGUAGUGAUAUGGGGUCUUCGGCUGGGACUGUUUCUGUUAAUGAGGAUAAUGCAGUGGGGGGAGGACCGACGUUUUGAUGGAAAGCGGGAUCAGCUAGGAAGAUUGGCAAUAUUUUGGACAUUUCAGGCCAUCUGGGUGUGGACUGUGAGUUUACCUGUAACAGUUGUCAAUGCAAGUGACGAUCAACCAUCUCUUCAGGCCAGAGACAUCAUUGGCUGGCUUAUGUGGGUUUUCGGGAUUAUAGUUGAGGUUACUGCUGACCAACAAAAGUUGGCAUUCAAAAAUUCUCCCGAAAACAGGGGAAAAUGGUGUAAUGUUGGAGUUUGGAAGUACUCUCGUCAUCCAAACUACUUUGGUGAGAUUGUUCUCUGGUGGGGAAUAUUCGUGGCUUCUACUCCUGUGUUAAAAGGCGCCGAGUGGCUUGUUGUGUUUAGUCCGGUUUUUAUUACCUUGCUACUGCUUUUUGUUAGUGGUUUACCAUUGCUUGAGGAAUCUGCAGAUAAGAAGUAUGGAAAUCUCCCUGAAUAUCUGUCCUAUAAGAGAGAAACAAGCCCAAUCAUUCUGCUGCCACCUGCAGUAUACGGGAACCUGCCCCAGUGGUUCAAAAGGGUGUUCCUUUUCGAAUUUCCUUUGUAUAACCGGAAUCUACCUCAAGAACUGAGCUGCUGUAGAACAAGCUAUGGAGGGAAUGAUGCAGAGAUGAAGAUGAGUUGAGUUAUUGGUUUAUGGACUACUUGAUGUAUUAUGAUUAUUUUUUCUGUAAUUGACAGACAGACAGUCAUAGCUUGUGCCAAAAGUAUGUACUGACAAUCACAUCUUUAAGUGGCAACCACAAGGAUAUUGUUUCCUGCAA